AUUUCCAUCCAGGCAGGCAUCAAGCACCGGCCCCAGGAUGAGCGUGGAAGCGAGCGGCAAGCCCCUGAAGGUGGGCUCCAGAGUGGAGGUCAUUGGGAAGGGGCACCGUGGGACCGUGGCCUACGUUGGUGCCACGCUGUUUGCCACUGGGAAGUGGGUCGGCGUCAUUCUGGAUGAAGCCAAAGGCAAGAACGACGGCACCGUCCAGGGCCGGAAGUACUUCACCUGCGAGGAGAACCACGGCAUCUUUGUGAGGCAGUCACAGAUCCAGGUGUUUGAUGAUGGCGCGGACACCACCUCUCCAGAAACGCCAGAGUCCUCGUCCUCCAAGGUCCCCAAGAGAGAUUCUUCAGAAGGCCCCAAAGCCAGCAAACUGACCACCACCAGGCGGCCCAAGCCCACCCGCGCAAGUGGCUCCGCCGCGUCCAGCGGCACGACAGGGCUCUCGGGCUCGGCCUCUGCCUCGGCCGGCGAGAUGAGCAGCAGCGAACCAAGCACGCCUGCGCAGACGCCCCUGGCGGCGCCCAUUGUUCCCACCCCGCCUCUGACCUCACCGGUGGCGCCUCCGGCGGUCCUGUCACCUACCAAGGAGGAGGAGAACUUGCGCGUUCAAGUGCGGGACCUGGAGGAGAAGCUGGAGACCCUGAAGAUGAAGCGGAACGAGGACAAGGCCAAGCUGAAGGAGCUGGAGAAGUACAAGAUCCAGCUGGAGCAGGUCCAGGAGUGGAAGAGCAAGAUGCAGGAGCAGCAGGCCGAGCUCCAGAAGCGCCUGAAGGAGGCCAAGAAGGAAGCCAAAGAGGCCCUGGAGGCCAAGGAGCGCUACAUGGAGGAGAUGGCCGACACGGCGGACGCCAUCGAGAUGGCCACGCUGGACAAGGAGAUGGCUGAGGAGCGGGCCGAGUCCCUGCAGCAGGAGGUGGACUCCCUGAAGGAGAAGGCGGAGUACCUCACCAUGGACCUGGAGAUCCUCAAGCACGAGAUCGAGGAGAAGGGCUCGGAUGGUGCCGCUUCCAGUUACCACGUCAAGCAGCUGGAGGAGCAGAAUGCCCGGCUGAAGGAGGCCCUGGUGAGGAUGCGGGAUUUGUCCGCCUCGGAGAAGCAGGAGCACGUGAAGCUCCAGAAGCACAUGGAGAAGAAGAACCUGGAGCUGGAGACCUUCCGGCAGCAGAAGGAGAAGCUGCAGGAGGAGCUGAAGCAGGGGGAGAGGACCAUCGACGAGCUCAAGGAGCAGGAGGUGAACCGAGAGCUGAUGAGCCAGCAAGAGGCUUCCGUGGAGAGGCAGCAGCAGCCCCCGCCGGAGAUGUUCGACUUCAAGAUCAAGUUUGCCGAGACGAAGGCCCAUGCCAAGGCCAUCGAGAUGGAGCUCCGGCAGAUGGAGGUGCAGCAGGCCAACCGGCACGUCUCCCUGCUGACCUCGUUUAUGCCAGACAGCUUCCUGCGGCACGGCGGGGACCACGACUGCGUGCUGGUGCUCCUACUCAUCCCCAGGCUCAUCUGCAAGGCCGAGCUGAUCAGCAAGCAGGCCCAGGAGAAGUUUGAGCUGAACGAGAGCUGCGCGGAGCGUUCCGGCCUGCGGGGGGCGCCAGGGGAGCAGCUGAGUUUUGCCGCCGGCCUGGUGUACUCCCUCCUCCUGCUGCAAGCCACGCUGCACAAAUACGAGCAGGCCCUGAACAAGUGCAGCGCGGAGGUCUACAAGAAAGUGGGGAUGCUCUACCCGGAGAUGAGCGUGCACGAGCGGUCGCUGGACUUCCUGAUCGAGCUGCUGCACAAGGACCAGCUGGACGAGACGGUCAACGUGGAGCCCCUGACCAAGGCCAUCAAGUACUACCAGCACCUGUACAGCAUCCACCUGGCUGACCAGGCUGAGGACUGCACCAUGCAGCUGGCCGACCACAUCAAGUUCACCCAAAGUGCUUUGGACUGCAUGAGCGUGGAGGUGGGGCGGCUGCGGUCCUUCCUGCAGACCGGGCAAGAAGCCUCCGACUGGGCCAUCCUCCUGAAGGACCUGGAGACCUCCUGCAGCGACAUCCGCCAGUUCUGCAAGAAGAUCAGGCGUCGCAUGCCUGGCACCGACGCCCCUGGCAUUCCCGCGGCCCUCGGCUUUGGGCAGCAGGUCUCAGACACACUGCUGGACUGCCGCAAGCACCUGACGUGGGUGGUGGCCGUGCUGCAGGAGGUGGCCGCGGCCGGGGCCCAGCUGAUUGCGCCCCUGACGGAGAACGAGGGCCUCCAGGCCGUGAAGCUGGAAGACCUGGCGUUCAAGGCCAGCGAGCAGAUCUACGGCAUCCAGGGCAUCAACCCCUACGAGUGCCUGCGCCAGUCCUGCAACAUCCUCAUUGCCACCAUGAACAAGAUGGCCACGGCCAUGCAGGAGGGCGAAUAUGAUGCCGACAGACCCCAGAGCAAGCCACCUCCCCCGGUGGAGCUCCGAGCAGCCGCCUUGCGGGCCGAAAUCACCGACGCGGAGGGGCUGGGGCUCAAGCUGGAGGAUCGGGAGACCGUCAUCAAGGAGCUGAAGAAGUCCCUCAAAAUCAAGGGCGAGGAGCUGAGUGAGGCCAACGUGCGGCUCAGCCUCCUGGAGAAGAAGCUGGACAGCGCGUCCAAGGACGCCGACGACCGGGUGGAGAAGAUCCAGGCCCAGCUGAGCGAGACCCAGGCGCUGCUGAAGAAGAAAGAGAAGGACUUUGAGGAGACCAUGGACGCCCUCCAAGCGGACAUCGACCAGCUGGAGUCGGAGAAGAUGGAGCUGAAGCAGCGGCUCAACACCCAGUCGAAGCGCACCAUUGAAGGCCUGCGUGGAGCCCCCGCCUCGGGCAUCGCCUCCGUCCUCUCCGGCAUCACAGGAGGUGUGGGCGCUGGCCAGGUGGUGAUGAUGGGCGGAUCGGGCCCCGUCCAGGUGAAGGACUCCCCGCUCCUCCUCCAGCAGAUCGAGGCCAUGCAGCUCUCCCUCAAGCACCUCAAGAACCAGAACAACCAGCUCAAGGGGGCCCAGAUGCGGAGGGAGCUGGCAUCGCUGCCCGUGCUGCAGGUGCCCAAGCUCUCGCUUCCCAAGGACAGGCCGGCGGAGGAGGUGGCCUCCGGCUCACUGUACCGCAAGACCAGCCAGCUGCUGGAGACCCUCUACCAGAUGAGCGCCACCUCAAAGGUGGUGGAUGUCACGCGGCAGAAGACAGCCGUCAGCCCAGCAGCCCAACUCCUAGAGCAGACGGGACGCCUGAGGUCACUGAGCGAAACCAUCGAGAGGCUGAAGGAUGAAGUGAUGAAGGAGACGGUCCUGCAGCACCCGGGAGCCAGCGUCCCCAGCGACUUCGGCACUUUCCCGUCUGCCCCCUUCCUGAAGGCCAAAGAGGAGCAGAAGGAGGACACCGUCUUCAUUGGCAAAGUGACCUUCCCCUGCCAGCCGGGCCACGGCCAGGUGCACCGGCUGGUCCUCACUCCGGAGCAGCUGUACAAGCUCCACAACCGCCUCAUCUCCUAAGAGGGCUUCUCCCCGGGCACAGCCCACCCCUGCCAGCCUGCUGCCCGUGACACAAGAGACUGCCCUUGGCUGCGGCCCUCUCCCUCCCCCUCCCUGUGCCUGAAACGCAUCCCCUGGCCAGGCCCGCCGCCCCGCUCUCCCUUGCCCCCGGGUCCCAGCUAGGCGUCCCUCCCCAUGCAGAGGGUUCUGCUGGCCGGGGACGAGGGCCCUGGCCGCUCCCUAGGCAAGGCUGCUGAGGACCCAGGGCCUGGGGGCAUGCCGUGAUAUGGGGCACACCUGGCCCCGGGGUCUCCCCAAGCGCCUCCCUUCCCUACAGCCUGUCCUUGUGGUGGUUCCUCUGCGCAGCUCUCUCUUCAGCACUUACCAGAGGGACAGGGAGGGAGGGAGGGGGGAUCUGGCGUUUCCUUUGGGGGCAGAAAAGCUCCUUGUAUGAUGAGCUCUUCGGAUAAAUAAAC